CUGGAACUCACAAAGAUCUGCCUGCCUCUGUCUCCCAAGUGCUGGCAUAAAAGGCCCUCCUGUUCUUUAGGCGUCUCUCUUGUAUGUUCAGACAGCUUUUUUUUUUCCUACUUAUAUCCACAAAGAUUCUGUCAGUGUUGGAAGAUUUUUUUUUAAACUAUUGAUAUGUGUUUAAAAAGUAAGCUAUUAAAACAACGUGAGAGACGAGUUUAAAACCAGUGCUGUGGCACACACCUAUAAUCUUGUGCUACCGAGCGAGACCCUGUUAAAAAGUGCAAGCGGGGCUAGGGUGGUGGCUCAGUAAGUAUACACGGUGAUUGCUGCCCAAGUAUGAGGACCUAAAUUCGGGUCCUUAGCACCCACUUGGAAGUGGAGGGAAGGCGCAUGCACGCACACUCGGGAUCUUAGCGCGGGGCGGCAUGGAGAUGGGGCUCACGGGCCUGCUCAGCAACGAGGAAGGAGCUCAGCUCACAAGCUAAAGGUGGGGAGUGAGACCCACGUCGAGCGCUGGUCUGCACACACACCCGCACCGCACCGCACCCGCACACGACGCGCGGUAAAGGCGGACGGUUCCGGCGGCUUCAGGAGUCCGGCGCGCUCCUCCCCGCCGAACGCGGCCGCAGGCCCCGCCCUCUCGGGCGCACCGGUUCCCACGGCGACCGGGCGCCAGGCUAUAGCAGCCGGUACUGAGCGGCGGCGGCGGCGCCUUCAUGAGCGGGGCGGGGGUGGCGGCCGGGGCGCGGCCCCUCAGCUCCGCGGCCCCAGGCUCCCGGGGUGCGUCCCGCCCACGCCCGCGCCCUCCCGUCGGCCCGCAGCACGCGGGGACGCAGCCGGCUCCGCUCGGGCUCAGCGAGGCACAGAAGCGGAUCCUGGACCUGGAGAAGAGCCUGCAGUUCCUACAGCAGCAGCACUCGGAGACGCUGGUCAAACUCCACGAGGAGAUCGAGCACCUGAAGCGGGAGAACAAGGAUCUCCACUACAAACUAAUCAUGAAUGAGAAGCCUCAGAAAAAAGGCAGCAUCUCUACAUCCAGCCUUCAGUCCAACAAGUCUGCCUCCAACUCCAUCACGUCUGCCAACUCACAAAGCAAGACCAGGCCCCAGCCCGGCUCCUUAAAGAAGCAAGAACUGAAGCCUGACGCUCUCCAAAAGACAGACCUGGAAGAGCAGUCACUCAGCAGUGCUGCCCUGUUCCACGGCAGCAAGCUGGACAGAGUCCCUGAGGCGCAGGGACAGGCCAAAGACGAGGAUGCAGAGGCUUCCAAUUCUGGGGUCACGUUGCUGGGGGGCAUGCAUGGCCGGCAGGGGGCAGGGACGGCCUCCAUCCUGAACCUGCCUCCGCACCUGCGUAAGCCCACCACGGUGCAGCAGUGUGAGGUGGUCAUCCGUCAGCUGUGGAACGCCAACCUCCUGCAGGCCCAGGAGCUACAGCACCUCAAGUCACUCCUGGAAGGGAACCAAAGGUCCAAAACUGCAGCUGAGGAGGCUGGGCUAGGCUCUCCAAAGGACCAGGAGUCCAUGCAGUUCCCCAGGGUCACCGCCAAGGGCCUCUCUAAGAAGUGCCUAAUUCUGAGCCCAAUGCCUGCAGCAGAGCGUGCCAUCCUGCCUGCACUGAAACAAAGCCUGAAAAACAACUUUGCCGAGCGGCAGAAGAGGCUCCAAGUAGUGCAGAGCCGGCGACUGCACCGCUCGGUGCUGCUGAACCGGCGCCCUGGAGCCCAGCCGUCAUCUCUCAACAGUGGUUCACACCAACCCUACUUUUCAGCCACACGGAAUUCCAAGACAGACAGAACCCAUGACAGAUAAAGUACUUGCUCUCAGAACUGAGGAAACUGUCUAUUUCUUCUAUUUUACUAUUCCUGCAUUUAUGCAAAUGCACAUUAUAAAAUGUUAUUCUACUACCUGUUGACUGAAAAUAAAAAUUGUUUCUCCAUG